CCCGGGGACUUCUGGAGUUAGCGACGUCUGCGACACUGUCAUCGCGGCCGCCGCAUUCCCCGGCCGUGGGCGAUGGAGAACGGAGCGGUGUACAGCCCCACCACAGAGGAGGACCCGGGACCCGCCAGGGGUGCUCGGAGCGGCCUCGCCGCCUACUUCGUCUUUGGCCGGCUCCAGUGGUAUCGGCGCCUUCUCAAAGGCUUGCAACUGUUGCUGUCUUUGCUGGCCUUUAUCUGUGAAGAAGUUGUCUCACAAUGUACUUUGUGUGGAGGACUUUACUUUUUUGAAUUUGUAAGCUGCAGUGCCUUUCUUCUGAGUCUCCUCAUGCUGAUUGUAUAUUGCACUCCAGUUUAUAACAGAAUUGAUGCAGUAAAAGUAAAAUCAUCGGAUUUUUAUAUUACUUUGGGAACGGGAUGUGUUUUUUUGUUGGCGUCCAUCAUUUUUGUUUCCACGCAUGACCGCACCUCAGCUGAAUUUGCUGCAAUAGUGUUUGGAUUUAUAGCAAGUUUUAUGUUCCUGUUUGACUUUGUUGCCAUGCUCUGUGAAAAACGACAAGAGUCCCAGCUGAGAAAAUCUGAGAAUACCACUAGGGUAGAAGCCCUCACUGAACCACUUAAUGCUUAAAGACUCUAUGGAGCAGGAAUUACAUAAAGUAGUGACUCUGCGUUAUGAUGCCUGAGCCCUGGCAGAAACUCAUGUAGAAUUUAUGUAAUUGUUUAAACUACUUCUUUUGGAAAGCAAAGGGGAAGAGCAGGAGGACAGUUUUAUCACUAUCAGAAUGUGUGUCAGUCCCCACAAAUUAGGCCUGAGAGUUUUAAAAACAAAUUUUUUUUUUUUUAAUAAAGGUCAAAACUUGCCUCAAUUAUAGAUGGUGUUGCAGGGGUGGGAUUGGGUAGAACAACUGUUUCUAUAAAUCACACAGCUCAACUGAUGAUAAAUGAUUUUGUAAUUCUGUUACAGAACAUUCUCUUACUAGACUUAGCUUUCAAAUUAUGCUUUAUAGCUGUAUAAACAGCAUGAUUAUAUUCAUCCAUUUAGAAGUUGUUUCAUUUUAAAAUUAAUUUGCUUAACCAUUAGUUUGUUUUGAUGAUUAGAUUAUGUUCUGUUACGGAAAUUUAACAUAUAUUUAAGAGAUCAAUAUUUAAAAUGUUGGUCUAGGUUUUUUCCUUAAUAUAUAAUACCAGGCUUUACUGUAUCUCACUCAGCCUUAAAAUUAUAUUGUAACAUUUUUGGAUAAUUAUUACUAACUCUUUCUGAGACCUUUGUAGAGCCUAAUAUAAAAUGUAUGAGAGGUGUUGGUAUUUUAUUUGUAUGAAAACAGUAUCAGCAACCUCAUGUUUAUAUUGCACUUUGGUUGUUAAUAUCAAAUUUAAAAAGAUUAUGUAACACGUAGAAAAAUUGCAGAAGCUGAUAUACAUAGGACCAAAGAUAAGAAAGACAGACGUUUUGUUCAAUACAGUGAAAGUAAUUAUAUAAGUCUUUGACUAUUUACCAAGUGUCUGAAGAGAUGAGUUCAUUCUACAAGUUGGAAAAUGGUCCAUUUUUCUGUUGCCAUAUGAUUAUUUCUACUUAAUACACCUCUGUGGGUCUUCUUUAAUGUUUUCUUUGGAGCCAGCCUUUUUAAAACCCUGGCCUUUGAUUUUUCAUUUAUUCGAGAUGCUCCCUGUUCUGUCUCCUUGUCAGAAUGGUCUAUAUGCUGCUUCAUCAUUUGGCAGAGGUGGGCCUCUGGCUCUGACUCUUUCUUGAUGUUGUUUGUCUAUAGGUGAUCCAGAAUCUUGGGCUCUUUUAAUUGUGAAGAGUAUGUAGUAGGAUCUUUAGGGUCCUUGUUCCCACGUAGGCAUUGCCCUAGUUUCUUUUUGGAGAAGACCAAGCAAGUGAAUAUCCAGAGAACCCUUCCUAGUUUAAUGCUGUUGAUGGCAUAAGGGAGUAGUCAAACCAGUCUCAGGAGACACUUCAUAACCAUUUCUAAUAAUGUGGAAGAAUUGUCUGCUGCUGGCAGGCUGUCUUAGAACCAGACAGAGAGGGCACUUGGGAUAGGACCUUUCUGCCCAAGUGGUUCACAGACUAGACCUUUCUUGUCCUCCUCUAGAAUUUUGACCUGAGACUCUAGUGUUAAGGUGAUAAGCCCUUAUGUCAGAUCCUUCAGUACUGUGAUGGAGGUCUCCCAGGCUAGAUUUCUCUCUGAAACAGUAGAAUCAUGUUUCUAGUGAUACAGUUUAAUGACUCCAUGUUUUCAAAAUUUCUCAUCUGACAUUUGUUUGUUGUAGAUGGGUUUCAUUUGCAUGAAUGUGGCUAAUGUGGUUCUCAGAAAUUGGUCGAUACAGCCAGACGUAUUUUCUGCUCUGUCUUACUUACUCAGUACCUUAUCCAUUUGUAUCGGAGUUUGGAUGCUAGUGUUGAUGGCGAUGUCACUGCUACCUACUUGGAAGAUGAUGAACCAAUCAUGGAUGCUGUUUUUACUGAGCAUGUCAUCAAAGAGAGGAGAAAUAGCUGGGUCUUUGGUCCAAGAAUAAAGACUGGUUAAAAGUUUACAGUAGACACAUUGUAGAAUUUCACAUCAAACUGUACUAUAUCAUUUUAAAUGUCAUCUAGACCCAUCUAGAAAUCACAGCAAAUCAUCUGGGCUACCUCAGGGUCACCACCCAUGCAUUAGGCUUAGUUGAGACUACAGACAUAUUUUCAGCUGGCUUGACACAUACUGGCAUUGAGCUUAAGCUCUGCUUGUUCUGAGGUUUCAUCUCCCAUUUGUGUCAUUGGUGCAGAAGUGGGCCUCUUAUUUGGCCACUUAUUAUCUUUCUGAAAUGGAAAGGAUUAUGUUCACUGGUAUUUUUCAUCACUCUUAGAACCUUCCUUCACAUUGUUUUUUAUGGGAUCCAUGAUUGUUUAGCCUCUCUAUUCUAUCGUAGAAAGAAGUAAGAGUAAAAAGACCAUUGUAGUAAAUAAGUUCAAGGAGAGCUUGGGACCAGAAACCACUGUUAUGUACAGAAAAGGGCAAACUCGAUAAACUAAAAUUUAAAAUAAUUUUUUUACUAACAGCUGUGGUAAAUUUAAUUUGUUAUAUUUUAUACAGACAAAUUGUUUAAAAUGGUUAAGGAAAAUACACUUACAGUACAAAUAUUUUAUAAUUACUGUACUUAAAUUAUGUUCUGUUUGGGGACUAGGAAAUGUAUUUUUACAUUGUUUAUAGCCAGUCGUUUUUGUAUUUGUCAGUUUAAAUCCUGUGGGUCUUUUUAAUCUUUCUCUAUGUCAUCUUUUAUAAUCUUUUAAAAUAAAUUGAUUUAAUUAAAAUGUUCA